AUGACGGAUCCCCGAAAAGAGUAUAUUGUCCAGUGCAUCAUCAGCGUGUUGAACAUUCCACGCAACGAAUUCCGAAGCAACACAACCUCCAAUACUGCUUUGGAAAAGUUUCUGGAUCAUCCAAACGAGAAGAUCCUCCAAGCCAUUGAGAACGAUUCAGGGGACACAUCCAAGCGGACCGUCACGUUCCAGCUUGGCUUCUCCAGCUAUGCAGAGGGACUGCCAGAGAUGCACUUCGUGAAGACCUCUUAUGAGCCCUUGACAGAGGCAAACAUCUCUAGGCUCGUAAUGGUGUCGUCACUCAGAAUGUCUGCUGUCCGCAGCCUGUACUACAAUGUGCAUGAAGUUUACAUGCCACUCUUGGUGGAGACCAAGGAAGGAACGGAUGGGCUUGAAGGCCGUCUGACGGACAGCUUGGUGGAGCUGGAUGCUGGCCUGAAGGCAUCUCUUCGCCGUGGACUCCGAAGUCGGAAUGCUGGCGAGUUUGAUGACAACGAUAUGUCAGGGAUCGUCACGCCAGUGGAUGAGGUUCACUUUUGGGAAGAAUUAAAGAAUGCUACCGGCGUAGGCGAUGCUGCAGUAGACCGCGCCAGCAAAUUCUCAGAUGCGCUUGCGCCCAUUGCGUCCGACUUGGAUGAUUUAACAAAGAAGACGUUUCCCCAAUUGCUUGAACUUGUUGAGACGCUCAUGGACUCACUGGAUUCCUUAUGGCAGUGUGACGUGACGCCUCAAUAUCCAGCAGCGAGGAUGCUUCACUUCUUGAAAGUGAUUGCCGGUGCUCUUGGUAGGUGUGUGCAAUCCAGACUGAACAGUCUGAACGUGUGGACAUCAUCUUUCUCCCAGGUGUCCAAGCACAUCCGAGAAGGGCACAAAGUUUGUGAGCGCUGGAACGAAGUCACCGUGGAUCUGACGGAUGUACAAUGGAGGUCAAGCGACAACAGGUGGGAAGGUGAAGCCUACAAGGAUCCCUUCCUCACGAAUCUUGCUGGUCGUAUCCAAGAGGUUAGUCAACUGCGCGGGCAGCACGACCAAAUCCUGAAGCUCCUCAGCGAGGACGAGCUCAAGGCGAUGCAAAUUGAAAGUUGCUUCGAGCCCUUCUUGAAGUUGUCUGCCUUCAGCUACAACGACUACACCGUGCCAGCCUGGAGAACUGCCCUUGCAGAAUACGAAGCGCGAAUGGCACCGGUGGAAGCUCAAGUUGCAGAACGUCUCCGUGCAGAGCUCUUCACAAAUACCUCCAAUCCGGCCCAAACUGUACGCGUCUUCCAAAGAUACCAAGAUCUUCUGGAACGCCGCAACAUCCGGCAGUCCUUGACCAAUGAACGCGAGAGGCUGCUUACAGAGUUAGACGACUUUCUCGGCCGAGUUCAGGCAGAGCUAGAGACUUUUGAUUCCGGUAACUUGCCAGCUGGUCGUGGCCUUAGUUUGCAUGCACGGAAGAUGGUUUGGGUAGAGCAGCUGCGGAGCAAAGCGGAUCUGGCAGCUCGGCCGCUUGCUGGUUUCCUGAAGGACUUGCACUCGGCAGGCAAGGUUGGCAAUACCUAUAAAAAGGUCCGUGCAGAAUUGAAGGAGUUUCGAAACAGAGCCUACAAAGAUUGGUGCGAUGAAGUGGAGUCGCAACUGAAGGAUCCUGAGGAUCCCAUUGCUCUAGAAAUGAACAGCCGUGUGAUGGACUUUGACACCGCACAGCAGGGAGCAUUGAAAAUCACAUACUCCGAGCGACUGAUAGAGCUUGUGAAGGAGGCACGCAUCUUUGAGCAGUUGGGCUGCAACGUGCCAAACAAAGUCAAGCUGGCAGUGCAGGAUGGUCUGAAGUUCUAUCGCUUUGCCGUGCAGCUAAAGCAAGUCUGCAACUUCUACAACACACUUUCGGCAGAGCUGCUCCCAUCGCAAAAGCUUAUGGUCCUACAGCCAGCUCUUGCCUUUGAGCAGCUCUUCAAUGAGAAGAGCGGAAUGAAGAAAGUCCAGUGGAACAAGUUUGACCAGCUGGAAACUUUCACCCGAAGCGUCAAAGACGGUGCAGAGCGCCUACGAGCAGUCAACCGGCGCCUUCGCAACGGCCACACCCAAGUUUCGCAGGAAGUUGUGCAGUUGGCAAACAUCAGCUUGCUACGUCAGCGCGACCAGUGGAAGCAGAAACUGGCACAGAUUCAGAAGGCCAUCGAUGCCACCAUUGGAGCUUGCGGGUGCCAAAUUCCAGAUGCAAAGCCAUGGAAAGCUCACUGGGAUUUCCAGAUAUUCAAAAUCAUGGAAGUUCAGUACAGGUUCGGCUUGGAAAGUCUCAACGAAAACUUGCCGGAGAUGAAGGCGGAUCUUAUCCUGGCCCAAAAGCAGCUGAAACUCAAGCCACCUUUGGAGGAGUUAAAGUCUUUGUACUUCAAGGAGAUAAAGUCCUUCAUAUCAUUGCCGCUUCAAUUCAAAGGCUUGGAUGGUGCUCCACAUGUGUAUAAGGCAAUGCCCGAUCGCAAUGCAGAGGGCAUCGCAGUCGUUUUCCAGAAGGCAGAUGGGCUGUUCCAGCGAGUGCAGCAGCUCCAGAACUCGUUUUCGCCAUGGCUUGUGGUGGGGUUGAUGCCUGAGCGAGUCCAAGAGCUCGUCGAAGAGCUGACGGACCCGAAGGAUUGGGACCUCAACUUCAGAGCCAUCAAGGCGAAGCGGAAGGAGAUGGACAAGAUUCCAGACACCGUGAAGAUAGAUUGCUUCACAAUCAGCACAGUGGUGCUCAAGUCUGUGAUUGAAGAUCAACUCGAGCGCUUGAGCGAUGCAUUGGUCAUUGCACUGCGGCGCAAGGCAUCUGACGAGGCCAAGAGUGUGAUGCAGUUUUUGGAGCAAGCCUUGGAGAAGCUAAAUGUCCGUCCGGACACGGUGCAAGAACUUGGCAAAGCCCAAGCCGAUGCGGCGAUUUUGAUGGAGGAACAGUCAAGUUGGAAGAAGCAACUCGAUCAGGCUGAGGAGAAGAACAAGCUUCUUAAAACAGUUGGUACAGGCAUUGACAUGAGUGAAGUGCAGAACAAGUGGGAAGAUUUCCUCAUUCGCUUAGAGGCCUUCGAGCAGCUGGCAAAUGACUUGCGCGAAGAGUUACGAGGCAAGAUGGACCAGCGCAUUGCCCAGAUGAACAGCGACAUUGACAAAUUUGCGUCCCGCUGGCAGUCGUUAAAGCCGAAGACGGCAGAUGACUGCUCGAUUGAGGAGGCAAAGAAGAAUGCGCAACAGAUGCAGGAAUGGCAAUCAGAGUGGCAAGCCCUGAGGGAACAAAUGACAGUGUUGCAGGGCGACUGCGCGGACUUCGGGCUGCCCGCGCCUGAACUGCAAAACAUCACAGAUGUGGAGGAGGACUUGAAUCGGCAGCAGGCCAGCUGGAGCCUCUUCGAGGAGUUUACAACACAGUACGAGGAGUUGCUCCUGCAGACUUGGCUUGAAUUGAGACCCCGGCUCUUCAGUCUUCAGGAUUUAGCACACAACUGGCUGGCACGACUCCGAGAAGUUCCCAGGGAUCCUGUGACGCACAUGCUGUCGCAACAGGUGCAGAGGCUCAAUGCCGCGCAUCCGGCCCUGAAGGCGAUGACGGGCGAGCCUUUCGAGAAGGAUCAUUGGAAGAUUCUCUUUGGGCUUUUGAAACUGCCUGCCGACACCAAGCUAGAGGCUCUCACUUUUCGUGUCCUGGCCGAAAGGCUGGACAUCAUCGUGGAGAAGGUGGACGAGCUCAAGGAGUUAACCGCUCGUGCCAUAGGAGAAGUCACAAUCCGAGAUGCCGUCAUGGAGGUGUCCGCUUGGUUCGAACAGGCCGAAUUCAAUUUCAUGGAUCACGCAGUCAGGGGAGGAUUCGUGCCCCUGAUAAAGGAUUGGAAAGACUUGAUGUCAGAAGUGUCGGAAAAACAAAACCUCUGCGGCUCUUUGAAGGACUCGAGAUUUUUUGGGCCCUUCAAAGAUCAAGUCGACAAGUUUGAGGAGAAGCUAACCCUGCUGGACGAGCUGCUGCUCUGCAUGAACAAAGUCCAGCGAAAGUGGGUCUACUUGGAGCCAAUUUUCGGUCGAGGCUCCUUGCCUCGGGAGAAGGAGCGCUUCGACAAAGUGAAUGGCCAGUAUCGGCAGAUCAUGAAAAAUGUGGGUGCCGCCAAGAAAGUGAACUAUCUCUGCACGGUCCGAGGCUUGAAGGAGCAGUUCGUGACACUUUCUGACCAGCUGGAGCGGUGCCAGAAGGCUUUAAACAGCUUCCUGGAAGAAAAGCGUUCAGCUUUCCCGCGCCUCUACUUUAUUGGAGAUGAAGACUUGCUCGAGAUCCUCGGUCAAUCCAGCAACCCUGAAGUUAUCCAAGCCCAUCUGAAGAAGCUCUUCGCUGGCAUCGCAACAGUGGACUUUGAUCCAAACAUAACGCGCAUCGUUGCCAUGAACAGCUCUCUGAAGGAAAAUGUGCCACUUGGGAAUGCAGUUGUUGUCCGAGAGGGUGAGGAUCCUUUACCGGUUGAAGAGUGGUUGUCCAACCUCUCCAACGAGAUGUUUUCCACGCUUGCAGUGCAGCUGCAGGGUUGCUAUGCCCAGUCCGAAAUGGACAUGCAGCAGUUCGAAAAGUACCCGUCGCAAUUGCUUUGCCUGAGUGCCAACAUCCAUUUCACCCACAACAUUGAAAGGUACAUGAGCAACGGGCAACUGCUCCAACUCAAGGGGGACUUGCAAAGCCAGCUGACCUCCAUGACAUCGCUUUCUCUGGACGGGGCCUUGCCUCAGGCGAAAUUGAAAGCCCUGAUCUUGGAUCUGAUCCACAACAUCUCCGUCCUAGAGGAUUUGCUGGUGCACAAAGUACAGAAGGUGUCCGAGUGGAGCUGGUACAGACAACUUCGCUACUACCUGAAGCAAGGAGCUGGCCCGGAACACAAGCCCUGCAGUGUUCGCAUGCUGGAGUGUGAGCAGAGCUACUCCUUUGAAUACCAGGGGAACGCCCCGAAGCUUGUGCACACACCACUCACGGACAAAUGCUACUUGACGUUGAUGCAUGGCCUGCAUCUUGGAUACGGAGGAAAUCCAUACGGCCCUGCUGGAACUGGCAAGACAGAGUCAGUGAAGGCCCUCGGCUCUUGUUUGGGGCGACAGGUCCUAGUGUUCAACUGCGAUGAGGGAAUCGACUUUCAAGCUAUGGGCCGAAUCUUCGUUGGCUUGGUCCGCUGUGGCGCAUGGGGCUGCUUCGAUGAAUUCAACCGCUUGCUGGAGGAGCAGAUGUCGGCCAUCUCGCAGUCAGUGCAGUUGAUCCAGGCAGCCAUCAAGAACAGUCACAGCACCGUUCACUUGCUCAAUCGCGACGUGCCCGUGAAUCACAACGCUGGGAUUUUCAUCACGUUGAAUCCCGCGACAAAAGGCUAUGGCGGCCGACAGAAGCUGCCAGACAACCUCAAGCAGCUCUUUCGCCCUGUGGCCAUGAGCGUGCCCGACAACGAGCUUAUCGCAGAGGUCAUGAUGUUUGCGGAAGGGUUCAUGAGCGCAAAGGUUCUGGCACAGAAGAUUGUUGCUUUGUUCCUUCUGUCACGGCAAUUACUGUCGUCACAGCAGCAUUACGACUGGGGCCUUCGAGCCCUGAAGCCGAUCCUGACUCUGGCUGGCCGACUCCUACAAGAGACGAAGGCUGAGCAAGCAGAGCCGCUUCGAGAAGAUGAGGAAUCUGUGAUUUUGUUGAAGGCAGUCAGGAUGAAUACGCUCUCAAAGCUGACUUUCGCAGAUUCAAAGCGAUUUCAGGAUUUGUGUGUGGACUUGUUUCCUGGAAUUAAUGUGAAAGACAUCGAGUAUAAAGAGCUCGAGGCAGUGAUUCGCGAAACGAUGCGUGAGAUGAGGCUUGCAGAAAUCGACUCGCAGAUCUACAAGAUGCUGCAGUUUCAUGAAGCAUGUCAACAGCGUAUGGGUGUGGGCAUUGUUGGGCCUUCAGGCUGUGGCAAAAGCACAAUUUGGAAGGUACUUGAGGCCGCCUACAAGAAACAAGGAAAGAAGUAUGUCGUGCAUGUGAUGAAUCCUAAGUCAAUGCACAGGAUUCGCUUACUUGGCCACAUGGACCACGACACACGUGAAUGGUUUGAUGGCGUCCUCACCGCCAGUGCAAGGAAAGUCAUCAAAGAGCCAUCGACAACCCACAAUUGGAUCGUGUGCGACGGCGACAUCGAUCCUGAAUGGAUAGAAUCGCUGAACAGCGUUUUGGAUGACAACAAGCUUCUGACAAUGCCCAACGGAGAGCGCAUCCAGUUCGGAUCGAAUGUGAAUUUCGUUUUCGAAACUGAUCAUUUGCGGUUUGCAUCUCCUGCCACGAUCAGCCGCUUGACGAUGAUCUUCCUUUCUGAAGAAGAUGUUGAUGUCAAACCUCUCGUAACUUCUUGGAUCCUGAAGCAGCCAGAAGAGCAGCAGGGCCAGCUUGAGAGUUGGUUCGACGAGCUCUUCUACAGGGCUUUGGACUGGCUCUACAAGGGUUCCCGUGAGAUGGCGAUUGAAACAACUCGGAUGGGCAUGGUCAGCAAUGUUCUCGGUCAUCUCAGCAAGGCCGAGGGCGAGGCUGCUGUGACCGUGCACGAUGAAAGCCCAGGGAUUUCGAAGCAGAGCUUUUUGCUCGCGAUAUGUCGUGGACUGGGAGGCAACCUGUCAGAAGAUGAUCGUGCUGCACUGACACGUGAGGCUUUCAAAUGGUCGAACGAGAACAUUCCUGAUCCAAGCCAGCCACUUCACUGCCAGGUUGUCGAGUCCUUGAUCGUUGGUUACCAGGUUUCUGCAGGCACCGAAAUUUCUCUCGAGGACGUUAAGCGGGCUGCAGUGUUGCCUCCAUUGGUUCCAACUGCCACCGUGUUGCGCAACAUGGAUCUCUUCUCGACGUGGCUAGCUCAGGAACAGCCUUUCCUUGUCAGUGGUCCAGAGGGUGCUGGCAAGAACUUGCUGAUCCGUCAUGCCAUUCACCGUCUGCAGAACGAGUCGGAUGCUGCUUUGAAUGUCGCAGUUUUAAACUGCAAUGCACAAACAUCUUCCAAAGAUGUACUGCAGAAGUUGCGUCAGUUCUGCGCGAUCUCCACCGGCACUACGGGUCGGAUCUACAGGCCACGGGAAGGCCGGCGCCUGGUAUUGUAUUUGAAGGAUAUUAACUUGCCCACGCCGGAUAAGUACGACACUUCUGAAAUCAUCAUGUUCUUGCAGCAGGCGGUGAUGCACAAAGGCUUUUAUGAUGACGACUUGGAGUUUGUGCUGCUGGAGCAUAUUCAGAUAGUGGCUUCUAUUGCGCCAGCCAGCACACUCGGUCGUCACCGUCUAGCGACGCGCUUCACAGCAAAUGUCAGAGUUUGCUCAAUUUCAUACCCGAGCUCAGAGGAGCUGGUCGAGGUCUACACGCACUUUCUGCGUGCAACUUUCACAUCACCGGACUGGCAGAAUGUGUCCGAUCGAAGCCAUGGCUUGUGCGAAAAGCUGGCAGAGGCAAUGGUUGACAUUUACGCCAGCAUGAAAGCCAAGUUUACCAUGGAUGAUCACGAGCACUAUUUGUUCAACCCCAGAGACCUGACACAAUGGGUGCUUCAGCUGCUGAGGUACGAAGUGAUGUCCGUCGAGAGUCUUGUAGAGGCCUGGGCGUAUGAAGCCACCCGAAUCUUCCGUGACAGGCUCGUGGGCGAUGAAGCCAAAUCACAUUUUGAUGCGUUGCUCAGAAAUGCACUGAUACAGUAUGUCGGUGUGGACGUGGAGGUGGACAAGCUGAUGUUCACGGCGAUGCUCACUCUGAACGACGAAGGAGUGCCCAGUGGUGACAUGAAGAAGGUCUCGCCUGAAGACUACACGAAGAUGGUCAAAGACGGCUUGAAGUCCUACCAGCGCGAGGUUAAGGAUUUGGAAAUUGAACUCGUGCCAGAAGUUCUUGAGCAACUCAGUUGGAUGGAUCGUGCACUUGCCGCACCCGUUGCGAAUGAUCUCUUGGUCGUGGGACGGUCCGGGGGUGGCAAGCGCUCGGUGAUCUCCCUGUUGGCCCACAUGCAUCGCUUGGCAUUGUUCAGCCCUGCGCCUGCACGGCGUUAUGGUGACAAGGAGUGGAAGCGGGACCUUAAGGCAGUGAUGCAGAUGACGGGCGUGGAGAAGCAGCACACCAUUCUGUUCUUGGAAGACCAUCACUUGCUAAAAUCCGAGUUCCUGGAAUCAAUCAACUCUUUGCUUAGUGCAGGUGAUGUUCCCGGUAUUUGGACACCCGAGGAGCUGGAACCAUUGUUAGCACCCCUGAAGGAGGAAUGGGCUGCAUCACAGGGCAGGGGAGGUGGCGCAAGGACACCAUUCGAGUAUUUCUGCAACCAAGUGCAACAGCGCCUCCAUAUCGUGCUCUCCAUGGAUCCGAAUCACCCCCACUUCUUGCCGUAUUGCGCCGCAAAUCCGGCAUUGUUCUCAUGCACGACGGUUCUUUGGUUGGAUGAAUGGUCUGAGCAGAGCAAGACGAUCAUCGCACAAAGAAUUCUGGGCGAGAUGUUGUCUCAGAAAAACCUGGGAUCCCUGUUGCAGGACAUCCAUGCCUCUCAAGCUAAGGCUUCUCCCAGGCACUACAUCACGCUUCUUCAGACUUGCCAUGCCAUGUACUCGAAGAAGAUUUCCACUGCAUCUGGGCAGUCAUCACACCUUCAGAAGGGCUUGUCCAAGCUCCAGGAGGUAAGCCAGACUGUCGAGAGGUUGCAGGAGGACGCCAUUGCGAAGCAGAAGGUUUUGGAGGAGAAGAAGGUGUUGGCUGCCGAAGCUCUGCAGCGCAUCACUGCAGCCAUGCAGCAGUCAGCAGAUCGCCGGCAGGAGGUUGAACGCUUGGAGGGGCAAACGCAGCUUGAACAGGAGAAGAACAGUGCGGAUAAAGCAUCCAUUGAAAAAGAGCUCUCCGAAAUUCAACCCAUCCUCGAUGCAGCAAAGAAGGCCGUCGGCAGCAUCAAGCCGGAACAUCUCAACGAGAUCCGGGCUCUGAAAAUGCCUCCAGAUCCCAUCCAUGAUGUGCUCAACGGGGUGCUUCGCUUGAUGGGGAACUAUGACAACUCGUGGGCUUCGAUGAAGAAGUUCUUGGCCGGUACUGGUGCCAUCCAGCGUAUCAUCAACUUUGAUCCCCGCCAAAUCGAUGAGAAGACGCGUUCGGACGUGGAGAAGCUGCUGCGGGAGAAAAGCAACUCGUUUGAUCAUGCAACGAUUUACCGCGUCUCCGUGGCUGCGGCUCCCUUGGCCAAGUGGGUUGUGGCUUGCGUCCGAUAUAGCACCGUCCUGGUAAAGGUUGCGCCCAUGGAGAAAGCCCGUGAUGAUGCAGAAGAAUCUUUGCGGGCUGCACAUAACAAAUUGGCGAUUUACAAGGAGGAGCUGGUCCAAAUCGACGAAGAUGUCCAACGCCUUCAAGAAGAGUUUGCAGCACGCACCCGUGAAGCCGAAGCCCUUCGUGUUGACUUGGAACGCGCAACUUCCACACUUGAGAAAGCAGAUCACCUGAUGAGCAAGAUGUCUGGGGAGAAGGAUCGUUGGGAGUCCCAGGUGGCCGAAAUCCAGCGAGAUGCUGCUCUACUUUCAACUCAUACGUGCCUGUCAGCAGCCUACUGUACCUACCUGGGGCACUUCUCCGAGGAUGUCAGACAACAGGCGAACUUCCUGUGGACCGAGUCGCGCGGAAUCACAACCUUCGAUUUCUUGCGGAUGAUGUCGUCCGAGAGUGAGCUUCUGACUUGGAAGGCGCAGGGGCUGUCCGCAGACCGUCUCUCACAAGAGAAUGCUGUCAUGAUCAACUCUGGCAUACUCGUUCCUUUCAUCGUCGAUCCCAACAGCCAGGCUCUCGAAUGGCUAAGGCAGACCAAUCCACACGCAGAGAGCGUGUUGCAGCAAGACCCGAAGUUGGUCUCCCAGCUUGAACUGGCAGUGCGAUUUGGAAAGGUUCUUAUCAUUCAAGAAGUUGAUGGAAUUGAUAACUACCUGGUGCCGCUACUUAGACGAGACAUGAUCCGGCAAGGGCCCAGGCAGGCUGUGCAAAUCAGUGACAAGAUGUGCGACUUUGACGAGAACUUCCGGCUCUUCCUGUGCACGAGGAAUUCAAGCGCGAUCGAGAUGCUGCCCCCCAACACGGCCUGCCUUGUGACGCGCGUGAACUUCACUGUGACACGUGCUGGACUGGAAGGCCAGUUGUUGGGCGUGACCUUGCAGCACGAAAAGCCCGAGCUUGAACACCGCAAGUCAGAACUCUUACAGAAAGAAGAAGCUUUGAAGGUAGAGCUGUCCGGUCUUGAGAAGACGCUACUAGAGCAACUCGCCGACUCCAGCGGCAACAUUCUUGAGAACGAGCCACUUAUUCAGUCUCUCGAGCAGACGAAGGCUGCUGCAAUUACAAUCUCAGAGUCAUUGACGGAGUCAUCCCGCCUGCAAAUGGACCUUGAUCAGCAGCGUGAGGUGUAUCGUCCGCUUGCCACAUUGGGCUCUCGAAUCUUCAUUCUCGUCAAGGAGCUUUCUGUCAUCGACCACAUGUAUCGAUUCUCUUUGGAAGCCUUCAUGGCUCUAUUCAACAAAGUGCUUAACCUGCAGUUGGGUUCUGAGACCACGGACGACAAGCUGAGGCAGCUGGGAAACCAGUUGAAGAUCGUUGUGCUGUUCUACAUUUCACGCUCACUGUUCAAGGCCGACAGGCUGACGUUUGGCAUUCACAUGGUCAGGGGCAUAAUGCCUGAGAAGUUCGAGGCGAACGAAUGGGAGCUCUUUCAAGGAGUAUACAUUCCAGCCAACCAGCCGCCAGCACCAGCUCCUGGCUGGUGUCCUCAGGACAGAGCGCAGGCACUCCAGACUCUGCGUGCGACUUUCCCAAAGAUCGACGAGCACUGGCAGCUGAACAAAGAUGCGUUGUGGGCUCCUUGGGUGAAGGGCCCCGUCUGCGGCGGAGCUGCAGUCCAAGAAGCUGGUGUUGCACAAGCACAAAAGAAGCGACAAGAAGGUUACACAGAAUUCUCAGCUUCUGUGUUCUGUGUUGCACCUCCGAGCUUCUCAAUGUAA